AAUGGAAACUAAUUAUCAGAAUAUUAAAUUUGAAUAAUAUUCACAGGUGUUUUCGACGAGGCAACAAAAGAAUGACAAAAGAUGUUAGAAUGUAUUACUAAUACUACUAUAACAUUAGGACUGUGUAGAUAACAACUGCUAUUUUAUUGUAUAAUUGUUAAAUAGCUUAGUAUAUUUUAUCAAUCAUAGGUUUAUAACGAAUUUUUCAGAUAAUUUUUUGAUACAUUUUGAAAUCAGUAUAAGUUCAAUUUUUAUUCAAUGAAUAUUGAUGAAUAUAGUGUAUUUCAAACAGGAUGAUUUCAUCACAUUAUUAUACUAUUAGAAUUUUAUGUGUGUGUGUGUGUGUGUGUGUGUGUGUGUGUGUGUGUGUGUGUGUAUUAUACUAUUAAAUUUUCAAAGUUGGAAUGUAAAUAAUUUAAAUACUGUAAUAAAUAACAGAAAAAUAUAUUUUUUUAAAUGUGCGAAAAUAUUUUUUUUUAAAUUACUUGAAAAUAUUUUUAAAGAAUGCGCUAAAUAACACUAGUUUUACAAAAAUUCUAACUCGGCCAGUUGUAAUUUUAUUAUUCAACGUAUAAAGUUUCAGUUUUCUUUUUUUAUUUUCAGCUUUCAUGAGAAAAUAAAAACCACGCAUUUAUGAGUACUUUAACAUAUCUUUAAAGUUUAAGGCAACGAGGUGUCUUAUGAUAAAGAGCUGAAGAGUAUUAGACGAAAAAUAAAAAAUGUAUUAUCAUAUACGUCGAACAGUAUUAAAAAGUUGUUGAGCUGGAACUUGUCUGCAGCUGUUUUGAUGCGGCUUCACUUUGUAGAUACUUUCGUUCAACGGGAAGAAGUAAUCGUAAAAAUCGGUUUGCCAUUGUAAGUAGUACUUUACAAUGAAUUAAUAUGCAUAUAAAUAGAAGAGAAAAUUGAUGAGGCUCUUGGUUAAAAGUGAUUUUAAACGAGGAGAAGAGCUGAUAGAAAUAAUGAACAAGAUUACAAGCAAUUAGCAGGAAUAAGACGAUUGUAGAUAAAAUAAUACUCUCAGAAUAAGGCUGUUUUAUUAGCACAUACGUAGAUUCACGUUUUCGUUCCCGUUCUAUGGAUGUGAAAGAUAGAACUCGGCCGUAAAUCAACUUUAAAAAGCAUGCGAUUGUUGAAAAAGGCCUUUGGAACGUCCAAAAACGCUCCUUUUAGAGAAGGAACAUUAGCUACAUAAAGCUACCAUUUGCAUUCAUCCAGCGAACCAGUUAACAAAUAGAAUCACUGGGCACCUGCACCUCUUCUACUCGGCCAAUUUCUAAUCUCAGCCACCUUGUGGAUCAAGUAGAUGAGACUUUCGGCACGUAAUGUCGUAAAAAGAAACGAAGGCAUAUUCGUUGAAACGUACCUGUCCGCAACAUAGUUCGCUCUAAUCUUCACAAGGAUUUCCAGUCGACAAGCUAUCGCGAAAGCUUCGGAUCGAGACAGACACGUCCGGCCGAUAGGCGAGCCGGGCCGACCGGUUUCGGGCGGCGAUCGCAGACCCGAAUCAGGGCGAGGGAGCGCGCUUAAAAGCGGCGGCACGCGCCGGGCCCCGGCAGACGCGCCCUUCCGCCGACAUGUGCAGGCCCACGAGAACGCUGGGCGUGCUGCUGAGCUGGCAGCUGUGCUGGGCGGGCUGCCUCGGCGGCGGCCCGGCCGGGGACGAGGACGAGGCCAAGAUCGUGGGCGGCACGGCGGCGCGCGACGGCCAGUUCCCCUACCAGGCGUCGCUGCGCCUGAACGCGCGCCACUUCUGCGGCGGCUCGGUGCUGAACGAGCGCUGGAUCCUCACGGCGGCGCACUGCCUGGCCGGCCUGAACGACACGGCCGUGAGCGUGGUGCUGGGCAGCAACCGGCUGGACCGGGGCGGCGAGGCCUACCGCUCGGCGCGCAGCCUGCCCCACCCGCAGUACAGCUCGCUGCUGAUCAGGAACGACAUCGGGCUGGUGCGCCUGGACCGGGACAUCCGCUUCGGCGAGAAGGUGCGCCCGGUGGACCUGCCGCGCGCGGACUUCGACAAGGCCGACUACCCGGCCGUGCUGUCCGGCUGGGGCACCACCUCGUUCCCGGGCAAGCCGCCGAACGAGCUGCAGCACAUCCAGCUGCGCGUCAUCGACCAGCACGACUGCCUGGGCGCGAGCUUCCGCGUGACCGACAAGAACAUCUGCACGCUGACGCGGAGGGGCGAGGGGGCCUGCCACGGCGACUCCGGCGGCCCGCUGGUGGCCGACGGCGUGCAGAUCGGAGUGGUGUCCUGGGGCACCCCCUGCGCCAAGGGCAAGCCGGACGUCUUCACGCGGGUCUUCAGCUACCUCGACUGGAUAAAGGAGCACAUGGAGCGCGAGCAGCGCGCCUAGUGUUCCGGCUGCGUCGACUCGAUGUACUUGCCAAUAAAGUGGACGCUGUGAGCGCUGUAGCAGAGAA